AUGGUCGAAGUCUCCUCUGCCGCCCUCCUGGGCUACCUCGCCCCCGUCUGCGUGGCAUUCGUCUUCUUCGGCGCGUGGGUCUUUGUCAGCGCGCGCCGACGCCGUCGCUUCUUCCGCUACCAGUAUGAUGAUGUGGAGGCCGCGCGUCAUCCUGUGAUUCUUCAGCGUGUGGUCGAGGAGAGGUUCCCGACGGUGAAGUAUAAGGUUUGGUUGGAGGGGAGGGGGAGUAAGGGGGUGGUAAAGAUGAAGUGGAGAGAGGAUAUGAGGUGGAGGUUGUCGUGGAGAGUAAGGAGGGAGAGGAGGAUGGUAGAGGUAUCGGCUAUUGGGCCGAGGAUUGGCACGCCUGUUAGUGCUGGUGCUGGUGCUGGUGCUGGUGCUGGGCCGUCUCAUGGUGUGCCAACUUCAACUGCAGCUGCUGAGUCGACUACUCCUCCAUCCCCCAACCAAAACAACAGCACCAACCACGCCCAAAACCCCCCUUCACCCAAACCAACCACAUCCCCCUCACCCUCCCCCUCCCCCGAGACGAACACAAACACAGACACAGACACAGACACAGAAAACAUCUGCUCCAUAUGCAUCGACCCAUUCUCCGCCGAGGACGACAUCCGCGAACUAACCUGCGGGCAUAUCUUCCACGCCUCGUGUCUGGACCCCUGGCUCACGCGGCGCCGCGCCUGCUGUCCGAUGUGCAAGAUGGGGGUUUCCGGCGCCAGGGUUAUCAGAUGUCAGUUUGCCAGGUUGAGUGUGCCCGAGGCGGUCCUGAUUCGGGGGGAUCUUUAUUCGAGGGCGGCGUUUUGAGAUGAGAUGAGAUGAGAUGCCAUGCCAUACCAUACCAUAUCAUACCAUAUCAUACCAUACCAGAUACUGGAUGUUAGGUGCCGGAUGUCAGAUGCCGGAUACUAUGGUUUGUUUGGUUGUGGUUGUGGAUGUGGAUGUGGAUGGUUUCAUGGGUAAGUAUGUGUUUGGCAAUAUUAGUUGUGAGAUACGCGAGGU